CGUGAGAGUUUGUGUAACAUGUAGGAAAUAACAGCACGGUGUCCUUUAACGCAGCUGCCUCCAUGGCGGGACGAUUGAAGAAGCAGCUCAAAGAGGCGGUGAAGGUCAUCAGCUCGGGCAGUUUUUUGUUAGCUUCCUACCUCACUGUUGUUGGAGACGAGCGCUUCUAUGCCAACCAGCUGAUGCCUUUGCUGCAGAGGCUUGUGGGCCCAGAAACAGCACAUGUAUUGUCAGUGAAGAUGAUAGGACUGGGUCUGGUUCCUAUGAGCCGCUACCAGGACCCGGCGUCGCUGGAAGUGAAUGUGCUUGGACUGAAGUUCAAAAACCCUGUUGGGAUUGCAGCAGGAUUUGACAAGCAUGGCGAGGCUGUGGACGGCUUGUACAAACUGGGGUUUGGUUUCGUGGAAGUGGGCACGAUCACACCAAAACCUCAGGAGGGAAAUCCUAAACCCCGUGUGUUUCGACUCACUGAAGAUCAGGCGGUUAUUAACAGGUACGGAUUCAACAGCUGUGGUUUGGCAGAGGUCCACACAAGGCUGAAGGCUAGAGGAGAAACGCAGCAAAAGCGCAGUAACACUGGCCUUCCCCUGGGCAUCAACCUGGGGAAGAACAAGCUUUCCCAGGAUGCAUCUGCAGAUUACUUGGAGGGGGUGAGAGCUCUGGGUCCGCUUGCUGACUACCUGGUGGUCAACGUCAGCAGCCCCAAUACGCCAGGCCUGCGAGAUCUGCAGGGGAAGGCUGAGCUCCGGCAGCUUUUAUGCACGGUCUUAAAGGAGCGAGAUGCUCUGCAGGAAGUACGCAAACCUCCAGUCCUGGUUAAGAUCGCUCCUGACCUCUCAGCCCAGGACAAACAGGACAUUGCUGAUGUUGUUACUGAGUUGGGAGUAGAUGGUUUGAUGGUGUCGAACACCACAGUGUCCAGGCCAGAAACGCUUAAAGACCCACACAAGUCUGAGGCUGGUGGGCUGAGUGGCCAGCCCCUCAAAGACCUCUCCACUAAGACUGUCAGAGAAAUGUAUAAUCUAACCAAAGGUGAAGUGCCGAUCAUUGGAAUUGGGGGCGUGGCCAGUGGGCAGGAUGCGAUGGAUAAGAUCCGGGCUGGAGCCUCACUGGUUCAACUCUAUACUGCCUUGACCUAUCAGGGUCCACCUGUGGUGACGAAGAUAAAGCGAGAACUGGAACAACUUCUUAAAGAUCAAGGGUUCAGCUGUGUAUCUGAGGCUGUUGGAGCAGAUCACAGGGAGUCAGAGAGAAAAUCCUAAGACGCUGCAGCACAUGUAGCUGCCUUCUUCUCCAUCAAAUCAACACAAUCAAGUUUCAAAUUUUUUGGGAUUGUUCAUUAGUCAAUUCUGAUUUUCAGGGUGGCAAAUAAAUCAUCUGUUUUUAAGUUUCAUCUUACGUUUUCAAAACAUUACUAUAUCUUAAUUUUUGAAUAUUUUGCUUUGGUCACUGUAUUGUACAGCAGAUCUGUAACCUGUUUACAGCAGGUCAUGUUUUGUUACAAUGUAACAGAAGUUUGUGUUUUUAAAAUGCAUGAAAACACCAAAUGCUUAAAAACAUUUUUAAUAGUUUAGAUAUUUUUGUUUGUGUAAAGAACAUAAUGUGCCAUAACAACAUUUGGCUAAAACCUUAAAACUUGAUUGAAUAAUUAAAUACAAUUCAAACUUUA